CGUUAUAAAUACAAAUACAAAGUUUAAUGUACGUUACAAGUCUCUUAUUUUGUUGUGAAACUUCUCAAAUAUCAUCGUGGCUUUAUCCGCGUGUUCCGGUUCAUCCUGUGUUUCCUACUUUAAGAAGUAUCAAAUACCGAUAACGUAAUGCCGCCUAAGACGCCACCUGCGAAUAAUAAGUUAAAGGAGCAAAGGCAGCCGAAUCUAACCAACGACGUUGAAAAGUGGGCUUCAGCAGUACAGCAGUACUGUUUUGCAGACGUUCAACAAUUAUUAAUACUUGCUGCUUCCGAAAAUCUGAAUAUUCAACGAAAUGAAAAUGUCUUUCCAUCGCUUGAUUUGACAGGUUUGUCGAAAGCCCAAAGAAAACGGAUGAGAAAAAGAGAAAGAGAAGCGCAACUCGCUGUUCUGAGGACAGAAAUUACCAAAAAAUUGAAUUCUAUGACCAAAUUGGUUCCUCAGAAGAAUGAAAUGACCGAAGUGACGCCCUCUUUAGGCGAGACUACUGUACCUGUAUUAUCCGGAAUGUUGUACGACCUCGCAGUACAGUUUCGUACUGAGAUUUGUUUAUUGCAAAUGCUAAUAGAUUCAGAGAAGCCUCAAAACUCUAAAGUCAUCCCAAAGAAUGAGAUUAUUGUAGCAGAGAUAAGCCUCUCAAAUAACAGUCCAAUAACCAAAGAAGCUUUCCAUUUUAUGCGAACAGUAAUAACCAACUCUAUUGAGAAAUACCAGUCAUCGAAAAAACUGACACCAAAAUUCUAUUGUAUGUCUCAUAAUAACACAUACAUAAAUAUUCUUUGUGAAGAUGCUUUUGCUUUUGGUUGCUUACAAGAUUGCAUAGGACGAAUGUCAACUUUGGGUUGUGUGUCAUUGUACCCUUUACAAGCAAGUGCUGGUCGAUUGUAUUGCUAUAGUGUAAUUUAUACAGGUGUCAAACUGAACCUAUGAAAUUCUUGGACCAAAUACGUUUGCAUAUACCAAAAAUGCGAACCGAUCACUGGAUAGUUGCAAGUAGCAAAGUGUGUAUCGAAGACACAACUGAAACACAAUUCCUAUUUCUAGUAGAUGAAUUGUCAUCGUUGGCUCUUGAACAUCAAUAUAAAAAUAGAUUGUUUAUAUGCAUGGAGGAGGCACUAUUUCAUAAUCAUGGGCAGUUGCCCAAUUUCUUUUGAGAAAGUCAAUUGGAAUUACUUUUUUAUUAUAUAAAUAUUUUUUAAUAUUUGAACAAAAAAGUAUGUACAUACAUAUGUAUGUAUGCACUUAUAUACAAAAAUUUUCUUAACUUAUAACUAUAAACCCCCAAAUGUACUGAAUUCAAUCGCAUUCAUUCUGAAUUAUUUAAAAAUUUACGUUACUGAAGAUAAAUUACCUCGUUAAUUCUUUAUCGGCAUUUGUAAAAAUUAAAACUUAUCCCAUAAUAAAAAUAUAAUAAAUAUUUCUUUAACACUUAAUUCUAUGCAAUUAGUCGUUGGAGGCAUAUUAAAGUAAUAUGAGAAUUUAUUUUGUUACUACUUUUAAAAGUUGGAUCAGUUAUUUACAAGAGCAUUAUAGAAGU